UAGAAAGUGAGGAGGCUGUUGAAGGUGGUUUAACGGAAACCUCAUUCAGCAUAAAGCCAAAAAAGGAGUAUCUCAGCGGCUUUAGACUUUUGUUGAACUCAUGCAAACAAACAAGGGAUUUAAGACCAGCCUCAAAUCGUCUCAUGUAGUUAUGGACUGUAGGCUGGAAACAGUAAGAAGUUAUGAACAUAUUGAACCAGACUGCCCAGAAGAACAUGAAGAUCCAAAAGAUUACUGCUACGGUGGGUAUCACCCGGUCCAACAGGGAGAAGUAUUUAACAAAAGAUACAAAGUUCUGUCAAAGCUGGGAUGGGGUUAUUUUUCAACCGUUUGGCUCUGUAUUGACCUCAGGUCAGGCAGGCAUGUGGCAGUGAAGGUGUUAAAAAGCGGCGCUGGGUUUACUCAGGCCGGUCAAGAUGAACUGAAAUUACUGCGCUGUGCCAGUGGACCCACAGCCCGCAACCCGCUUAAAGAACAUAUAGUGCAGUUACUGGAUGAGUUUAAGAUAGCUGGAGUGAACGGGAUUCAUAUUUGUUUGGUGUUGGAGUUGCUGGGUCCAGACCUGCGCUGCUGGCAGAUGUGUUUUGGUAAUCCGGGUCUCUCUCUCACCUGUGUCAAACGUGUCGUCACUGAGGUGCUUGAAGGUCUGGAUUAUCUUCACACCCACUGUAAAAUAAUUCACACAGACAUCAAGCCUGAGAACAUACUGCUGUGUCUUGCGCCCCAAGCCCCGCCUCAUUCUGCAGCGGGCGCUCUGGGGACUUACUCCUCAAGCCUUAAAGAGACGACGAUGGAGGAUCCUGGUAAGAAAUUCAUCAAAAGAGCAUCUGUAAAUCCUGGAACUUUGGACAACACCAGAGUGAAAAUCGCAGACCUCGGUAGCUCAUGUUGGACGUACAAACAUUUUUGUCAAGAGAUCCAGACCAGACAGUAUCGCUCACUAGAGGUUCUUCUAGGUUCGGAGUAUGGACCUCCAGCAGACAUCUGGAGUGUGGCCUGCUUGGCAUUCGAGCUUGUUACAGGUGAUUCCUUAUUUGAACCCAAAAAAGGGGAUAAUUUCACCUUGGAAGAAGAUCACCUCGCUCAUGUAAUUGAGCUUCUGGGGAAUAUUCCAGCAUCAGUGGCUCUGUCUGGAAAAUUCUCCUUUGAAUAUUUUGACCGCAAGGGCGAGUUGCUGCGGAUUUCUGCCCUUCGCCCGUGGGGUCUGUACGAUGUGCUUGUAGAGAAAUAUCAGUUUCUUCUCAGGGAGGCGUUACUUUUUUCUGAUUUCCUGUUACAAAUGUUGGACUUUAUACCGGAGCGGAGAGCCACAGCAGCUCAGUGUCUCAAGCAUCCUUGGCUCAAACUCUAACCAUACAUUCCUCUUUGACAAAUAUACUGUAUGUACUGUACUGUACUGUGGUGCUGUUUUAGCCUUUGCUUUGGCUUUAAACUUGAAAUUGCAUUAUGCAGUAUAUGUAGUCCAUCAGUUACAGUGUUUCUCUGUGUAUAAGAGACUAAAGGUCAGUUCUUUUUAUGUUCGUUGUAUUUGUGAGUUUUAAGGAUAUUUUGCUUUGUAAUGUAGGAGAUCAUUUUGAUCAUUUGAACGGAUUACUGCACAGGAUUAAAUCAUUUGAUUUUGUUAUCAAUAGUCACAUAGAGAAUUCGCUUGUUUUAGUGAUGUGGCUGUUUGUGAUGCUUGACAUUUCAUUAUAUACCUUUUUGUAUAAAGGAAAUAUCUCCCAUUAAAUUUAAUUCAGUCAAAUAAAUUUUUGUAGUACUUUUAAAAAAAAUGAAAGGCAAAAGAAAUAUAAGUUAAAUAUUAUUAUAUAAAAAUGGGGGAUCGCAGAAAACAGCCCUGAAAGAAUUAAAGGGAUACUACAACCAAAAAUUCUGUCAUCAUUUACUCACCUUCGAGUUGUUCUAAAUCUGUAUAAAUGUCUUAGUUCUGAUUAACACAUAGAAAGAUAUUUGAAAGAAUGCUUAAAACCAGACAGAUUUUGCCCCCGUUGACUACCAUAGUAGGAAAAAUCACAAUGGUAGUCAAAGUGUCCCAGAACGGUUUGCUAUCCUACAUUUAUCAAAAUGUCUGUCACGAGCAAGGCAGGACGAGAGCCGUGAGGGAAUGACGCGGGGCCGGUGACGUGAGUGAUAAUGAGCGUCAGCUGCAUGUUGCACCGUCUCCGCAUCUCUCACGGAGGAAAUUGGAAGUAUAAAAGGACGAGCGGCAGAGUAUACCACGAGAGAGGACCGAGCCCGGACAUGUUAAAGUUUGUAUUAAUGUUCUUGGAGCCGGCAGUUGACCGUGAGGUGGCUUUUACUUCAGUGUUAUUGUUUGUUUAUUUUGAUUAAAGUUUUUUUAAAUGUU